GUUCCCACAUUCGCUAGCGCCCGUCGCGAAAAAUCAACACCUCAUCUUCAGCAAUACAUUACACCACCAAAAUGAGGUCCUUCGGCCAGGAAAUUUCAGGAAAUCGCGGAAAGAAUGCCGAACUUACUUCUCAAGCAAGAGAUAGUAUUGUUUCUAAGUCUGAGGCUGGCGCCUCGUCACGGGAGCGGCUGAGGAGUUCAGCUGCACGAAGCGUUGCAUCAACAAAACUCUUCAGCGAUUUAGAGAGCAACACGACAACAGAUCUCGCCCUCGUUUAGGACGCCCUCCUACACUUACGCACCGAGAGAAGCGCUUGCUGUAUCGCACUGCCCGGAAAACCCCGAAAAUUGAGUACCAACAGCUCUUAAGAGACACGUCCCUCCA